UCGCAAUCUCUUGCUCCCCUCUACCUCGUUCAAAAAUUCAUCAGCUCGUUCCGACAUUUAGGGUUUAUUCCCGAAAGAGGAACAAUAUUUUCAAAGGAAAGAAGUAAAGAGAAAAUCUGGAGGAGUUGAUUAUCUGAUUAUUGCAUCAGUAGAGAGAUUCAUCUCAGAUAGAUUUCGAUUACAAGCACAAGUACUGGGUUAUUAGAUACAUUACAGAACAUGGACAAGUCGAAGAUUGCUGAAUGGGGAGAGAAGCUGAAGACAGGUGGGGCUCAGAUGAGUAGAAUGGUGAGUGGGAAAGUGAAGGAAAUGCUGCAAGCCCCGACCCUCGAGUCGAAGAUGGUGGACGAGGCCACACUAGAGACAAUGGACGAGCCAAACUGGGGAAUGAACAUGAGGAUAUGCUCCAUGAUCAACAGCGAGGAGUUUAAUGGCACUGAGAUUGUUAAAGCCAUCAAGAAGAAGCUUUCAGGUAAGAGCGUGGUCAGCCAGAGGCUGAGCCUCGAGCUGCUUGAGGCAUGCGCUAUGAACUGCGAGAAGGUUUUCUCGGAAAUCGCAUCUGAGAGGGUUUUGGACGAGAUGGUUAAGCUGGUUAAGAAUGUGGAGGCAGAUUCCGAUAAUAGAAACCGGGCUUUUCAGUUGAUUAGGGUCUGGGGACAGUCCGAGGACCUUGCCUAUCUUCCCGUGUUCCGCCAAACUUAUAUGAGUUUGAGAGAUGAGAACGUUUUGAACCCUCGGGUCGAGGAAAGCUCACUCCAGGGCCAAAAUUCACUGGAGUCUCUUAUGCAACGGCCUGUCCCGGUCCCUCCACCCGGUAGUUACCCUAUCCACAACCAAGAACAGGCUCAUCGAGAUUAUGAUGAUGACGAUGAUGGGAAUGAGGUUCUUGACUAUAACUUCGGGAAUCUAACCAUCAAGGAUAAGAAAGAACAGAUUGAGAUAACAAGGAACAGCCUCGAAUUGCUCUCUAGCAUGUUGAAUACCGAAGGGGAGCCGAAUAACGGAAAGGAUGAACUAACGGAAAGCCUGAUAGAAAAGUGCAAGCAAUCACAGCCGGCGAUUCAGAUGAUCAUAGAAAGCACAACAGAUGAUGAAGGACUGCUUUUUGAGGCCCUGCAUCUGAAUGACGAGCUCCAACGCGUUCUGUCAACUCUUACAGCAUCUUCCAAAGCUGUUCAUCAGAAAUCUGAAGAAGAGCAAUCAUCUGGUAACAAAGCUGAGAUCGUUCCGAAACCAAUGGAGGAACUUCUGAAGAAAACAGACGAGACAAGAGAGUCGAGUUCGGGUUCUCAUGUCGAAAGCUCCGACAGAGCUGAGAAAGAUGAUGAACCCAGAACGAAAGUUGGAGAAUAAAGCCGUUGGGAUUUCUCGUCUAAUAAGGUUGGAUGGUUGUUUUUUGAGGAUGAUUCCUUGAGGUGGGCACUGUCUUAAACUUGAAACAUCGAUCAUGUGUUCCAUGAUUCUGCCUAAUUAUGUGUCAUGUCUCGCUGUUCGUUUCAAAGGGAAAGUUCCCAGCUUUCUCAUAUU